UAGCCGCCGGAGGUGUCGGUGUGUUGCGCGACUGGGUCUUGGAGUGGAGUGGGGCCUGCUGCUGGGAAUUUACCACUAUGUCGAUCGAAAUCGAGUCUUCGGAUGUGAUCCGUCUGAUCAUGCAGUACCUGAAGGAGAACAGUUUACAUCGGGCAUUGGCCACCUUACAGGAGGAGACUACUGUGUCUCUGAAUACUGUGGACAGCAUUGAGAGUUUUGUGGCUGACAUUAACAGUGGUCAUUGGGAUACUGUUCUACAGGCUAUACAGUCCUUGAAGUUGCCAGACAAAACCCUUAUUGACCUUUAUGAACAGGUUGUUCUGGAAUUGAUAGAGCUCCGUGAAUUGGGUGCUGCUAGGUCACUUCUGAGACAGACUGACCCCAUGAUCAUGUUAAAACAAACACAGCCAGAGCGGUAUAUUCAUCUGGAGAACCUCUUGGCAAGGUCUUAUUUUGAUCCUCGUGAGGCAUAUCCAGAUGGAAGUAGCAAAGAGAAGAGAAGAGCAGCAAUUGCCCAGGCCUUAGCUGGGGAAGUUAGUGUGGUGCCUCCAUCUCGUCUCAUGGCAUUGCUGGGACAGGCACUAAAGUGGCAGCAGCACCAGGGGUUGCUUCCUCCUGGUAUGACUAUAGAUUUGUUUCGAGGCAAAGCAGCUGUCAAAGAUGUGGAAGAGGAAAAGUUUCCUACACAGCUGAGCAGGCAUAUUAAGUUUGGUCAGAAAUCACAUGUGGAGUGUGCUCGAUUUUCUCCAGAUGGUCAGUAUCUGGUCACUGGGUCUGUUGAUGGAUUCAUUGAAGUAUGGAACUUUACUACCGGAAAAAUCAGGAAGGAUCUUAAGUACCAGGCCCAAGAUAAUUUCAUGAUGAUGGAUGAUGCUGUUCUCUGCAUGUGUUUCAGUAGAGAUACAGAAAUGUUAGAAUUUCGUGGCCAUUCCUCCUUUGUUAAUGAAGCAACAUUUACACAAGAUGGACAUUAUAUUAUUAGUGCAUCCUCUGAUGGCACUGUAAAGAUCUGGAAUAUGAAGACUACAGAAUGUUCAAAUACCUUUAAAUCCUUGGGAAGCACUGCAGGGACAGACAUUACUGUCAACAGUGUGAUCCUGCUUCCUAAAAAUCCAGAGCAUUUUGUGGUAUGCAACAGAUCAAACACAGUGGUCAUCAUGAACAUGCAAGGGCAGAUUGUCAGAAGCUUCAGCUCUGGUAAAAGAGAAGGUGGUGACUUUGUUUGCUGUGCCCUCUCUCCCCGUGGUGAAUGGAUCUACUGUGUGGGGGAGGACUUUGUGCUGUACUGUUUUAGCACAGUGACUGGCAAACUGGAGAGAACCUUGACAGUUCACGAGAAGGAUGUGAUUGGUAUUGCACAUCACCCUCAUCAGAACCUGAUUGCUACCUAUAGUGAAGAUGGACUCCUAAAGCUCUGGAAACCCUAAUUCAGCUUUUCAGAAACUAGCUUGAAAGCAUGUUUAAGUGAGGAUGUAUUCAUGUGUUGCUCUUUUGCUUCUUUAGGCCAGCUUUUCUAAGCAAAGAAAUUGUCUGAGUUAGCCAUGGAAAUAAUUUUGUGAAAAUUCUUGCCGAAGUAGCAGUUACCCUUUCUAAAAAAUAUUUUUAAGGUAUUAGUUUAUCUGCUUCUAACUGGGGCAUUCACUUAAUGUUUUCAUUUAUCUUCUUUCUGGAGAGUGAAAAUGAUAUUUCUAGGAAAAAAAAUGUACUCCUUUGAUUAUUUGAAAUGCUGAUUAAAAUGUGCCCCUCCCAUCUUAAAACUUGUAAAUAAGUAUCCCCAUAUUCAAUAGCUUUUUUUUUUUUUAAAGAUGUUAAUAA